GUCUUAAUUCCGGCGGUGCUUCUUCAUAUCUCGCUAAAGAGGAUUCCUUGUUCGCCCUCCCUUGCACUCGAUCCCUUCGCUGCCGCCUCCUUCUCCAUCUCCUCGGGAGCUCCAUUUCGGACUGCAGCAAUGAGCUCCAUGUAUGGGUCAAUUGAGUCAAAUUCACCACCAUCAUCAAUCAAGAUACUUGUAUUAGGUGGCAAUGGAUUUGUGGGCUCACAUGUUUGCAAAGAAGCUUUGGCACAAGGAUUUUCUGUAGCUAGUCUCAGCAGGUCUGGGAGGCCAUCAAUAAAAGAACUUUGGGCCGAUGAAGUGGAGUGGUACAAAGGGAAUCUUCUUGAACCUGAAUCUUUGAAGGAUGCUAUGAGGGAUGCAACUUCUGUGAUAUCUUGUGUUGGAGGCUUUGGAUCCCCUUCCUACAUGUGCACGCUCAAUGGGACUGCAAACGUCAAUGCUGUGCAAGCUGCUGCAGAAAAUGGUGUAAAAAGAUUUGUAUACAUAUCAGCUGCUUCUUUUGGUGUAAUUGACUAUUGUAUACAAGGUUAUUACGAUGGACAGAGAGCUACUGAAGCAGAAAUCAAGAAAAGAUUUGCUGAUGCAGAAUAUAGUUCUUCCGAAUGUGAAUGGUUGCAUCUUGAAUUGAAAGCACAUGAUUCUCUGCUUGCUACUCUUGAAAAUGCUUUUGCACGAGUAAUUCUCAGGCCAGGUUACAUAUAUGGAACACGCCCAUCGGGCCUUUGAAGAUACCGUUCGGGCGAAUGUGGACGCCUUUUGAGAUGGCUUUCCAGCACACACCGUUCCUUCGCACCUCCGGUUAAUGUUGCCAAAGUCGCAAAGGUAGUCGUGAGCAGCGCAACUGAUCCGACAUUUCCUCCCGGCAUAGUCGACGUGUAUAACAUCAUUCGCUUGGGCAAACAAAACUAACCAGCGUUUUCACUCGUGCUCCCUCAAAACAAGCUCUGGCUCUCUAUCGAUCUACUGUGUACUUAUUCCUUGCGCGUUGUUUAUUGUUGUUGUAGUAAUUUAUCAGUGUUGAAAAGAUAAUUCGAUCGUCUACACAGUUGUGAUAUGUAAGCCAUUAGUAUGUGCAUCUCUGCGUUUUAGCCCAAUUCAUUUCAAGAAUAACAUUUUCCCUUGAUCUGUUCA